AUGGGUGCAGCAGGCGGCGGGUUCGACAAGAGCGCCUUUCAAAAGGUCCCCAAGGCUGCCCGGAAGCCCUACAUCUGGCUUGCCGUCAUCUGGGCCUCUUACUGCGGCGGUCUUCAUGGCUUCAACACCUCCAACAUCUCAGGGGCCAUGAGCCUGGCUCCGUUCGUCCGGGAUUUCGGUUGGACAAACUCGACAGAUUCGCAGAUUUCGAAUGACUCAGGCUGGGCCGUGUCUUCCAUGCUCCUGGGUCAAACUGCAGGUGUCAUUUUCUCCGGUCCCUUCGGUGAGCGGUACGGUCGAAAGCCCGUCAUCCUUUCCGCCGCGAUUCUGUACACUAUCGGCGCCGUCCUAAUGGCAGCCAACUUCGGCUCCUUUGCCCAGCUGCUGGCUGGCCGUGUCCUGUCCGGCCUAGGAUCAGGGCUAGGCAUGACCGUCGGACCGGUGUACAUCUCCGAAGUGGCCCCCCAGGAGCUGCGGGGGAUGAUGACCACCUUCUAUAACAUCAACAUCAUGGCCGGCGUAGCCGGCAGCUACUGGAUUAACUACGCCUCGCUGGAGGUCCUCCCGCCAGACUCCAGCUGGCAGUGGCGCGCUACCUUGACGCUGCAACUCAUCCCCUCUCUCGCCCUGUUCCUGGGCUAUCCAUUCUUUCCCGAAAGCCCACGCUACCUCUUCAUGCGCGGGGAAACCACCGCCGCGCGCAACAGCCUGCGCCGCCUCCGCGGCGGCCUCUCCGAAGCAGACCCCUACCUCCACGCCGAGCUCACCGACCUCCACCUCCUCCCCCAGUCCGAGUCCAACAGCAAAGGCGGCCUCGCCGCAAUCAAGCACCUCAUAACCGAAAGCCUCCACGACCGCCCCACGGCCCACCUGCUCACCUUCGUCCUCCUCAUCCAAACCUUCUUCAUCAUGUCCGGCGGCAACUCCAUCACCUACUACGCGCCCACGAUCCUGAAAUCCAUCGGCCUGUCGUCGCAGCAACGCCUCCUCUUCACCGCCGUCUACGGCCUCAUCAAACUGCUGACCAUCUUCCUGUACGCCUUCCUGCUGACAGACCGCUACGGCCGCCGCCCGCUGCUCCUCAUCGGGUCCACCAUCUGCACGGCCUGCCUCCUGUAUCUCUGCAUCUUCCUCGGCGUCGCCGAUAUCUCCGCGCGCGGCUCCCCCAGCGCCGCCGCCUGGCUCGCCAUCGUCGCGAUCUGUCUGUUUGCGGUGGGGUACGGUGUCGGUUGGGCGCCGGUCUUCUCGCUGACGGCGUCGGAGAUCUGCCCCACGCGGCUGCGCGGCCCCGUCGUCGCCGUCGCGUUCACCUACCAGAAUCUCCUGAAUUUCGGCAUCACGCGGGGCUUUCCGAAUAUGGUGCGGGAGAUGCACAGUUGGGGUCCCUUUGCGCUCUUUGCGGCGUGUACGGCGCUCGCGACCGGGUGGGUCUGGGUUGCGUUUCCGGAGUGUAAGGGGAGGAGUAUGGAGGGGUGUAGGGAGGUGUUUGUGGGGGUGAGGUGGUAUCAGACUGGGUUUGUAGGGGUUGAUGCUCUGGAGGCUGAGGGGAGAGGGGAGGUGGUGCAUCUUGGUGAUGCCCCUAUCACGUCUCAGGGAGAGUAG